AUGCCUUUUUCAGUUGAAAUUGAAAAUGCAGCUCUUCCACCAUGGGCAAACGUUGCUCCAGGGUUCGAGACUGGGAACUUUUCCGUCGCCAUUACAGAAGCGCCAGAAGAACCAGCUAAAGAAGAUGAGAAAAGCGCGCAAGAGAUUCAGGACGCCGCAUUUACCGCUAUUUUCACUCUUGCAAUGACGUUCUUCGCCGUUGCAGCAUUUCUUGCUGGCUUUCUGAUGGACAGCUUUGGAUCGAUGAAAACUCGACUUGUCGGGCUUGUUCUUUUCCUUGCUGGGUCGGUGAUGGUCACUAUUGCAACUCCCGGCGAAACUGAUGAUUAUUUAAAAUACGGCUGGACAUCAAUCAGCUGUGCGGGUAUCUUUCUGCUCGUCACUCAAUUUCAAGUGGCAAACUACUACGAAGCCGCCCGUGGCCGAGUUCUCUGCGUUUUCAAUGUUCUCGCCAAAACUGGCGACAAAAAUAAAGCUCUCGCCGCUGGAGUCUUUUUGACAACGAUUUUUGGAAUUUCUUUUACCGCUCUGACGCUCAUCGCAAACACCGCUUUACAGUACGCAACUUUCAUCUUAUCUGUUCUUCACAAAUCUUUUACUUACGGCAUCAAUGCUACUGUUAUCGGCCUUUCGUUCCCGAACGAGCACUUUGGAAAGCUUUACGGAACGACCCAGAUCUUCACGAUUAUUUCUGCUCAGGCCACCGACUGGCUCUUCUCAUACGCCAACGCGAACAGCUUCGUCGAAGCAAACCGAAUUCUCUUCUAUUUAGAAAUUAUCUCGCUCUUCCAUUUCUGCUUAUUUCUGUACCUCAUCCGAAGGAAUCCUAAUUAA